AUGUCAGACACAGGAGGUGAAAGCAACGGCACGCCGCAUCACAAGCGCUCCAAGUCGGCUGCCGCUCUCGCGCUUCUUCGACGCAAGGACACGCGCGAAGACGACUCGGGCUCCGAGGACGGCCGCUCUGCCGCCUCUCCCAGAUCCGCACCCAAGCAAGCCGCCAUGUCCCAACAAGCUCCCACGCGGAGCCACAACAACUCCAAGCUCUCGGCCGCCUCGCCCCUGAGCAGGAUCCCCUCCAACCAGCCCGCGCCGCCGAGACACAGCGACAAGUCGGCCAGCCUCGAGCAAUCGGUUCGCAAGUUCAGAGUUGUCGAGGCCCUGAGGAGCGGCGACACUGCCUCCAUCUCGAGGGCCAUCCGCGAGACAGCCGACAACGCGCCCCGCCCGAGCACCUCGUCCAUCUCAACUCUCAGCGGCGGCCCGCUCGAAGACACGACCAUCCUCCAUCUCGCCAUUCAAUGCGCCGAGUUUCCCGUCAUUGAAUAUGUGCUGUCCGAUGGCGCUGGCAGCAUCGAGGUCAAUGCCCGCGACAAGGAUGGCAAUACGCCUCUGCACAUCGCCGCCAUGCACGGCCGUACCCCGGUCGUCAAGUUGCUGCUCGAGCAGAAGGAAAUCAAUGACGCCAUAGCCAACACGCAGGGCAAGCUCCCAAUCGAUUUGGCCCGAAAUCCCGAAAUCUUCCAGCUCCUUCAGCUGUCGCGAUCGCUGUACACGGAAGCCAAGGUGGCGCAGGUGCAGGAGCUCAUUGCUAGAAACGACUAUGAUACGCUCGCAGAGGUGCUCGAGGAGCACCGGCUCAAGACGGUCCUCGACAUCAACAGCCCCGAGUUUGCUUCCGAGCCGGUGACCGUGCAGACGGGCGGCACCCUCCUUCACGAAGCCGCGCGAAAGAAGAAUACUCAGCUCAUCCAAAUACUGCUGCUCCACGGGGGCGAUCCCUUCCGUCGCGACCGGAAGGGCAAGUUGCCGCAGUCCAUCACCAACGAUGACGGCGUCAAGGCCAUACUCAAGAAAUCUCCAGCCGCAGUGGCCGCACAGCGAGGGAUUCAGGAGAAGGCGGUGCUCGGCCACGCUGCAUCUCAAGGGACUGCCGCCGCCAAUGCCAGCGACCUCAUGGCGGGACGCGAAGCCCGCGAGAUGAAGGGCUAUCUCAAGAAGUGGACAAACUACCGCAAGGGCUACCAACUAAGGUGGUUCGUCCUCGAGGACGGCGUGCUCAGCUAUUACAAACAUCAAGACGAUGCGGGCUCUGCCUGCCGCGGCGCUAUCAACAUGAAGAUUGCCAAGCUCCACAUGAGCGCCGACGAGAAGACCAAGUUUGAGAUCAUCGGCAAGUCGUCAGUCAAAUACACUCUGAAGGCAAAUCACGAGGUCGAGGCCAAGCGCUGGUUUUGGGCGCUCAACAACUCGAUACAGUGGACCAAGGAUCAGGCAAAGGAGGAGGAGCGACAGGCGGCCCGCAGCGCAGAGCUGCUCAAGCAGGCCAAAGCUGAGCAGAGCGGGUCGCUCUCCAUUCAGGAGUCGCAUAGCGAGAACGCCAGCCUUUCCGACCUCCAACGAAGCACGUCUCACCUUCCCAGCAGAUCCGUGUCCAGCAACAAGGUUCCCCUUCAUGCAGGGACCAGCACGGUGGGAAGUGGUGAAGAUGACGAGUUCGCAGAUGCCGGGACGGAGGGCGACGUCUCAAGACUGCAUGGCAAUGGCGGCCCAUUCAUUCCCGGUGAGCAUGAUGACGAUGACGACGACUACGGGGACGAUCGCAGCGUCCGAGAGGCACCAGGGGCGACAAAGGACGCGCUGAAUAUCACCGCGCAGUCAGCGAAACUGCAGCUCGAGACCAUGUCGAGCGUCCAUACCGCCCUGCUGGCUGAACUCUCGCAAAGCCCUGCUACCCCACUCUCCGAUGGCAAGGUCACACAGGCGCUGACGACAUACGACGCCGCGAUCCGCAGCCUCACGGGCCUUGUGGGCGACCUGCUCCGGAUCUCCAAGGAUCGCGAUGCCUAUUGGCAGUAUCGUCUGGACCGCGAGUCCAACAUGCGACGCAUGUGGGAGGAGAGCAUGCAGCAAGUCGCACGAGAGCAGGAAGAGCUCGAAGCGCGCAUGAGCGAGGCCGAAAAGAAGCGCCGCUUGACGAAGAAGGCACUCAAGGAGGUCAUGGAAGGCGGCGUUCUCUCAGCCAACCACACGCCGACGACGGAGAAGCUCCAGGAGGAGGUGGAAGAGGCCGCCGCGAGCAAAUCCCCUACGCGGACGCUUGGCCGCAGAGCCACCGCCCUGGAUCAGCUCGGGGAGCUCUCGGAGAGCGACUCAGGGGACGAAGAAGAGUUUUUCGACGCGGUGGACGCAGGCGAAGUCGAGGUUGCCGAGAUUCCUCACGAGGCAGUGCAAGAGACCAAGCAAGUGGUUGUGUCGGGUGUGGAUAUCAGCCCGUCCUUCAAGGGGUACGAGAACGGCAUCCGACACAGACUCAAGAUGGACGCCGAUGACCGGCCAAAGAUUUCUCUAUGGGGCAUCCUGAAGUCGAUGAUUGGAAAGGACAUGACCAAGAUGACGCUCCCCGUGUCUUUUAACGAGCCGACAUCGUUGCUAUAUCGGUGCGGUGAGGAUAUGGAGUACGCUGAUUUGCUGGACCUGGCCGCGGAUCGCGCCGACUCCAUUGAAAGGCUCGUCUACGUGGCUGCCUUUGCUGCGAGCGAAUACGCGUCGACUAUUGGGCGCGUCGCCAAGCCCUUCAACCCGCUGCUGGGAGAGACGUUUGAGUAUGUGCGGCCGGACAAGAACUAUCGCUUCUUCAUCGAGCAGGUCAGCCACCACCCGCCCAUCGGAGCCGCGUGGGCGGAGUCACCGCACUGGACAUACUGGGGUGAGUCGGCGGUCAAGUCCAAGUUCUACGGCAAGUCGUUCGACAUCAACCCGCUCGGCACGUGGUUCCUCAAGCUGCGGCCGACGGCGGGAGGCAAGGAAGACCUAUACACGUGGAAGAAGGUGACGUCUUCGGUCGUGGGCAUCAUCACGGGCAACCCGACGGUGGACAACUACGGCCCGAUGGAGAUCAAGAACUGGACGACUGGCGAGGUAGCACUCAUCGACUUCAAGGCUCGUGGGUGGAAGGCGUCGAGCGCAUACCAGAUUUCUGGCAAGAUCGUGGACGCGGACGGCCACGUGCGCGUGAGCCUGGGAGGGCGCUGGAACUCGAAGCUGUACGCACGGCUGACGCCGGGAUACGAGGCGACGCCGGACGACCUGGGCGACAGCGGUCCUCUGGAUAAGAGCGGCAUGACGGAUCCAAGCCGGGCGUACCUGGUGUGGGAGGCCAACCCGCGGCCCACGGGAAUCCCGUUCAACCUGACGCCGUUUGUCCUGACUUUUAACCACAUCGACGAGAAGCUGCGGCCGUGGAUCGCACCGACUGACUCUCGGCUGCGGCCGGACCAGAGGGCGAUGGAAGACGGCGAGUACGACCUCGCGGCGACGGAGAAGAACCGGCUCGAGGAGAACCAACGAGCGCGGCGUCGGGAGCGCGAGGCCAGGGGCGAGGAGUUUGUGCCGGCAUGGUUCAGCAAGACACGCUGCGAGGUGACGGGGGAGGAGUACUGGAAGUUCAACGGUAAGUACUGGGAGCAGCGAGAAAAGGCCGGGCCGAACGGGGACGGCAAGGCGUGGGAGGGCCUGGAGCCUGUCUUUGAAGACGCGCAAUAG